UUUUGUGUUACUUGGUUUCUUAGAGUUUGAGCGAAUGAUCACGUUAGAUUCUGCCAUUGGCUGGUUUCUCGUCCAAGCCAUCGCCGUCUACGCUGUCAUCCGCCUCAAGUUUGGCGACCCGCUCAAGCAGCCGGCUUCAACUGCACCGGCCCAAGCACAAGCACAAGCACAAGCCACACAUGAUCAUAGCUCAAACUCACAUCGUGGCACGACUGUCCCAGCACUGGCACCCAAGCCUGUUGCAAACCCGAAAAAGAUGUUUCAGUUCAUUCUGCUCAUGCUGGCAAUGCACGACAUUCUGACCUUUGUGAAGCAGACGCCGACAUAUUAUGACAUCCUUGGAGUCUCUCCGGCUGCGUCUGCUGCCGAGAUCAAGGCCGGGUACCGCGCCGCGUCGCUGACACACCAUCCCGAUCGCACGGGCGGCGAGUCGGAGGAGUUUCUGGCCGUUGCUCGGGCUUACGAUGUCCUUCGCGAUCCCGACAGCCGUCGCCGAUAUGACAUGUUCGGAGCAGAGGUGAUUGAGAAAUGCGGACCAGCUCGUUGCGCCACCCACUCGGACUAUGUCAACGUUUACCUCGAGACACAUUUCUUGUCCAAGCUUGGAAUCGCCAUUUCGUGUUUGAUCCCCAUCUUUACAGCUCCCAAAGUUCAGUCCUACAGAUCCUGGAUGAUCUGCGCGUACGUUUGGUCGCUCCUUUAUUCCAUUAUUUGGAUUGUCCGGGAGAGCAACCCGUCCACGAUCAAGCCAAACUCCCCCGAGUUUGAAACGGAUGCCAUGUGGGGACAUUAUGCCAUUUUAGUGACGUGGAUUUUCCGGAUUGUUCGACACCAUGACGGCGUUGACCGACGAUCCACUCGCGAACUGCUGCUCCGCUCGGAGCUCGAGCUGCAAGCCUUAAAGCAAGAAGUCGCACAAUUACGAGCGGCUCGCGGCGAACUGCGUCUUCCCUCGGAAGUCGAGCUUCUGGCAAUUCAAGAAAAGCUGUCCGCAUUGCCGCAAGAAGGCCGAACACGUGCACGCUGACAUGUGGUAGCUAGACGCGUUCUGGAGUUUGUAGUUCAUCCAAUACAACCGCCAUCAAUACAGCCAA